AUGAACUGGCUCAUCAUCACCAUCGCCCUGGUGAGCGCCCAGGGCGGCUUCAUCUACGGCCUCGACACUGGCAUCAUCGCCACCACGUUUGGCCAUGACUCAUUCCGGAUCAAGAUGUACGGCGGCCCCUUUAUCAACCCGGUCCUCUCGGGCGCCAUCGUCUCGUGCUACAACGCUGGACAGGCUGUUGGUGGCAUGUCGACAGGCUUCCUCGCCGACAAGUUCAGCCGCAAGUACACGAUCCUGAUUGCCUGCAUCCUGACCAUUAUCGGAUCCGUCUUACAGUGCGCUGCCACCGGCGUCGGCAUGAUGAUUGCCGGCCGUGCCGUUGCGGGCAUUGGCUGCGGCCAGCUCCUCCCCGUCGUGCCGACUUACCUCGCCGAAACUGCUCCUCCCUCGCGCCGCGGCUUCCUCGUCGGGCUGCAGGGCAUGAUGAUUGCGAUUGGCUUUGGCGUGGCCAACUGGAUCGGAUACGCCGGCGCGUUCGCCCAGGGUGAUGCCCAAUGGCGCAUCCCCUUGGCGAUGCAGCUGCCGCUGCCGCUCAUGCUCAGCGUGCUCGUCUUCUGGUUGCCUUUCUCGCCUCGCUGGCUUGUGAUGCAGGGCCGCCACGAAGAGGCCAAGGCCGUCCUCCUCAAACUCCACCACGACAAGGACAACGUCGCAGCGAGCGACGAUCUUGUCGAGCAGGAGAUUGUGCAGGUGCGCGAGCAGAUUGCCCUCGAGCGGGAAAUCAUGGGCGGCCUGAACUGGUUCGCUGCACUGCGACUCAUGUUCUCGCGCCAGUACAUCCGCCGGGUGUUUACUGCGACACUGAUCAUCUCCUGGUCGCAACUGAGCGGCUCUGCCGUCAUCCAAAAUUUUCAGACAAUAUUCUAUGGAAUUAUUGGAUUUACGGGCCGUUCCGCGCUGCUCAUCAGCGGUAUUUACGGCAUGAUGGGCAUUAUUGGCCAGAUUAUCUACCUCUGGGUUGUGGCUGACAAAUGGCCACGUGCCCGCACGCUGUGGAGCGGCUCUGCUGUGCUGUGCUCUCUGCUUGUCAUUUGCAUGGCCCUCAGCGCCGUCUACGGCAAGCCUGGCUCCUCGCAAGAUGGCGCGCGUGCUGCCGUUGCUUCUAUCUUUAUCUAUUCGGCGUCUUUUGCCAUCUGGUUUAAUGCUCUUGUUUGGGUCGUUCCAACAGAGAUUCUCCCCUUGUUCAUGCGCUCCAAAGGCCUGGCUUUCGCCAUGACGUUCAAGGCCGUCUUUAGCAUCAUCCUCUCGCAGAUCACGCCCAUCGCCCUGACCAGCAUUGGCUGGAAAUUCUACGCCGUCUUCGUCGCGAUAAAUCUGGCCGGCGGACUGUUCUUCUUCUUCUGCCUUCCUGAAACCGGCGGCAAGUCGCUCGAGGAGAUUGCGGAGCUAUUCGGCGACGGUCUGGCGACGGAGCACUUGGGCGAGAGCGCCAUCUCUGGCGAGGCUUCUGCAGAGCAGCACGAGAUUGCCCUUUCAGGAGAGGAGAAGAGAAUUCCUAGCAAAGUGUAG